AUGGCAUUUUUUCCCAAGAGAAGAAAAAUGGGAGAAUCCUCAAAUAAGAUGAUGAAACUUACUCAAACAAUUCCUGAUGAUAUCGUGGAGCACAUCAUCUCCAUGUUUCUUCCAGUCAAAUCUCUUUUACGAAACCGUAUCCUAUCCAAAAGAUUUGUGAGCACAAAUAUACAAUCUCGUAUCCUCGAUUUCAGUGGCAUCUAUUCUAGAAGAAGAAGUCAGUUAGAGGCUGUUAGCAUCAUCGAAGAAGUCAUUAAUCAAUAUAAAGGAUCAGAUAUUCACAGAUUCAUUUUGGUUAUCAAUCAUCUUGGGAUAGAAGAUAAAAUAAUCUCAUGGAUCAAUACAUGCCUUGGGAAAAACAUCCAAGAGAUUGUCUUAGAUUUCUCCAAAUCCAAGAAAGUUAUGGAGAUCCCGAUCAAUUUCUCGGUCGUGGAGACUCUUCAACAUUUAAAGCUGCGAUCAUGUAAGUUUGACAUGGUAGAUAAUUCUCCAAAAGGUUUAAAGCUUUUGAGGACACUCUCACUUAUGCGUAUCGAGGUGAUGAAAGAGACAAUAGACGUAGUUUUCACCAACUGCAUCCACCUCGAAUCAGUGGAAUUAAUCAAUUGCUUAUGCAUGGAUGGCAUGUUGAGCAUCCAUGCUCCGGAUCACAAGAAAUUCAAAUCGCUGGUUUUGUCUUAUAUACGAGAUCUUUGGGUCAUCAGUUUGAACGCACCCUCUCUAGAAAAUUACCAGUAUGAUGGAUAUGCCAUUAAAUUUAACUUUGUGAGUACAUACACACUCAAAGAGGCAAAUCUCCAUUAUAAUCGGAAUUUUAGUCAAAGUUAUUACGAUCCGUCUAACUUGGUGGUUAAUAGCAUGAAUUUUUUUACAAAAGUUUUUGUCCUCACAACAACGACCAUCUUUCUUGAGGCUCUCACGAAUAAAUACGUAGGAGGAGGAAAGCUAGAAAAGCGGCCUUUCAAGUUUGAGAACUUAAUAAAAUUUCAUAUUUCAUUCAAAGCUCUAACGUUUUGCACUCUUUUUGAUAUCGCAGAAUUCCUUAAAGAAUGCCCUAAACUCGAACGUGUUGUGAUCGAUAUUCAGAAUUUCACUUUCCAACCUCAAUUGCCUUUAUGGGAGAUUCAUCAUAAGGAUCAGAUUCAGAACGACUCGAAAAACAACUACGUAUUGAAGUUUCUGAAGAAAGUCAAGAUCAUUGGCUAUAAAGGUCACUCACAUGAGCUUGACAUAGUAGAGUUCUUUGCCAAGAACGCACCAUCUCUAGUGAAAUUGAAGUUGGUGAUGCCUAAAAGCGCAAAAUACAUUGCUCGCGCACCAGAUUCUACAAGAAUAAUUGACAUCAAAAAUAUAUUCCCAGCAAUUAAGGUUACCGAAGUUUAAAAUCAAGUUAUGCCCAACCAUGCCAAGCUAUAAUAGCUCUUUUGAUGUGUUUAAAAAAAAUUAGAACUAUGUGAUAUUUUUUUUUCUUAUGCUCUUUUCUCUAGCUAAUUUGAACUCCCUUAGUUUCUCUAUAUAUUGUUUA